AUGUACUCCCCGGACAAGAUGAAGUCCGGCGGAGGGCUGAUGGCCCCCCCGGGGUGCUUCCCGGGCCGGUACAGCCCCACGUACCGCAGCGCGGACCCCCGACGGUGCGUCCCCAACCCAUCCAGUCGAAUACUGGAGGACGCAUCGUUGAUGUGUAACUCAUGGUCACCGCGCCACAACGGUGACCUAUUCAGUGGGUUGAACGACGGCCUCCUGAGCAGGGCGGAGGCGCUGGCGGCAGUGGACAUCAGCAAGCACCAGUCUGGCCCCCAACCUGGCCCACCACUACCACAGCUGAAGCACGACAUGGUCUACCACCAUGGCGUGGGGGCACCACCACCACACAACGCGAGGCCGCAUCAGCCUUUCUUUCCGCAGAUGGGGCACCACGGCAUGGAGGGCCUGGACAUGCUGGACCCGCUGACGUCGUCGUCGAUGACGACCCUGGCACCGAUGGGCGAGGCGGCACCCCCGCACCACCAGCUGCACGGGUACGGCAUGAACCACGUGAUGAACCACCACCACCACGCGGCCGGCCUGGGCCACGCGCCCCCCGCGCACCUCGCCCACCCCGCCGCCGCCCUGCACCCCGACACCGACACCGACCCCCGCGAGCUCGAGGCCUUCGCCGAGCGGUUCAAGCAGCGCCGGAUCAAGCUCGGCGUCACGCAAGCCGACGUCGGCAAGGCCCUCGCCAACCUCAAGCUGCCCGGCGUCGGCGCCCUCUCCCAGAGCACGAUAUGCCGCUUCGAGAGCCUCACGCUGAGCCACAACAACAUGAUCGCGCUCAAGCCCAUCCUGCAAGCGUGGCUCGAGGAGGCCGAGGCGCAGGCGAAGAACAAGCGGCGGGACCCCGACGCGCCGAGCGUGCUCCCCGCCGGCGAGAAGAAGAGGAAGAGGACGUCGAUAGCGGCGCCCGAGAAGAGGAGUCUCGAGGCGUACUUCGCGGUGCAGCCGCGGCCCUCGGGCGAGAAGAUAGCGGCAAUCGCGGAGAAGCUCGACCUGAAAAAGAACGUCGUUCGGGUGUGGUUCUGCAACCAGCGGCAGAAACAGAAGCGCAUGAAGUUCGCGGCGCAGCACUGACCGGCGGGGGGCGG